AUGACCACCGUCACGGCCCCCGCGCCGUGGAUCACCAGCAGUCAACAAUGUACUCUGGAAACAUGUCCUAUGUCCUACGCCCACAUCACCUAUCUCCCCAACCUAGGUGGCAAUGCCUUUUACAUCACUCUAUUCGCUCUCUUCAUCCCCGUCCAACUUUACCUCGGCAUCCGACACCGCACCUGGGGCUACCUCUUCGGCGCCAUCUGCGGUCUCAUCCUCGAAGUACUGGGCUACAUAGGGCGCAUCUACAUGCGACACAACCCAUUCAUUGACCGGUGGUUCAUCAUGUACCUCGUCUGCCUCACCAUCGCCCCCGCCUUCCUCAGCGGCGCCAUCUACGUCUCCCUAGCCCGGAUCGUCGGCGCCUACACGCCGCAACUCUCCCGGAUAAAACAGCGCAACUACUCCCUAAUCUUCAUCAGCUUCGACAUCAUCUCGCUCCUCCUUCAAGCCGCCGGCGGUGCCAUCACGACCUCAGAUUCCGCCUCCGAAGUCCAAGACGGAAUCAACAUCAUGAUAGCCGGUCUCAGCUCACAAGUAGCCUCCCUAACCCUCUACAUCGUGAUCUGUCUCGACUACGCCUUCCGGAUCUACCGCCUCAGCGCACGCAACCCAUCCCCUCCAUCAUCAACAUCAAACAUUAAACGCUGGAAAGCGUUCCUAUUCUGCCAGGGGUUAGCCGUCGUGUGUAUAUACAUCCGGAGCUGUUUCCGGGUCGCGGAGCUGUGCGGAGGGUUUAGUAGCCAUUUGGCGAAUGAUCAGACGACGUUUAUGGUGUUGGAGGGGGCGAUGAUUAGUAUUGCGGUGAUUGCGAUGAGUAGUUGGGGGCAUCCUGGGGUGGGGUUUCAUGGGAGGUGGGAUGCGUUGAAUUAUCCCAUGUUUCAGAGGAAGAAGAAGGGGGUGGUGGAUGUUUAG